AUGGCUGCUGCUCCUGCUGCCGUCCCCCAAUUGACGAAGAGCAAACCGGAGGGCAUCGACCUCUAUGCUCGCUUUGCUCUUGCUGGAGCACUGGGCUGCUCCAUCACCCAUGCCGCCUUCACUCCGGUCGACGUUGUCAAGACUAGGAUCCAGCUCGAUCCCGCCACCUACAACAGUGGCAUGAUUGGCGGUUUCCGCCAAGUUAUCCGCAAUGAGGGCAUCGGCGCUCUUGCAACGGGCUUUGGUCCAACCUUUGCAGGCUAUUUUAUGCAAGGCGCCUUUAAAUUCGGCGGUUAUGAAUUCUUCCAGCAGAAAUUAACCGAUGUUCUCGGCGCGGAGAAGGUCAAACAGAAUCGCACGGCUGUUUACAUGCUUUCCGCUGGUUGUGCUGAGUUCUUUGCCUCGGUUGCGCUUUGUCCAUUGGAAGCAACACGUAUUCGUCUUGUCUCAACACCCAGCUUUGCAAGCGGCCUCGUUGGUGGUUUCGGGAAGAUUUUAAGAAAUGAGGGUAUUGGAGCCUUUUAUUCUGGCUUUGGUCCUAUCCUCUUCAAGCAAGUUCCUUAUACAAUAACUAAAUUCGUCGCUUUCGAAAAGGUCUCCGAGGCCAUCCUGAGCCAGUUCGAGGACAAGUCCCAAAUAUCAGCUGGUGCUUCAACCGCUGUGAACUUGGGAUCUGGUCUGAUUGGCGGCUUUGCGGCUGCUAUUGUGUCUCAGCCUGCCGAUACUAUGCUGUCUAAGAUCAACAAGACGAAGGGUCUGCCUGGUGAGGGCACUGUCUCUCGGCUGAUCAAGAUUGCUGGUGAGCUUGGUCUUCGUGGAUCUUUUGCUGGUCUCCCAACCCGCCUGUUCAUGGUCGGUGGUCUCACCGCGGGCCAAUUCGCCAUCUACGGCGACAUCAAAAAAUUCUUGGGCGCUACAAAGUAG